AUGGUGUCCAGGUCCCUCCUCUUCACCGCGGCGGUGCUGCUACUGGUGUCACCGACAACGGCAGCUCCCCCGAUCGCCACCCUGCAGGAUGUCAUCAACAGGCUCACCGCCUCGUGCCAGGAGAGUGUCGGCGUCCUGGACUCGUUCCAGACCAUCAUCAGCGGCCAGGACAUGCUGAAGGACAUGCUGACGGCGCUGCAGCAGAAGGUGACGCCCGCGCCGGCCGUCUGUCCGGACGGCUGGACGCAACACCUGGACAGCUGCUACGUCAUCCCGCCGGCCAAGUCCGCCUGGCACGGGGCGCAACACCACUGCGCGGCGCUGGACCGGCGCGCGCGGCUCGCCUCCGUGCCGCGCGAGGCCAUGGACUUUGUCAGGGAGCUGGUGGCGGCCAGCCCGGCCGACGGCGUCUGGCUCGGUCUGCUGAAGCUGGCCUCCGAUCACUGGGUGUGGAUGGACGGCUCGCGCGCGGUGCUCACCGCCGGUGACUUCAGCCAGGGCGAGCCGAGCGGCGACGGUCCCUGCGGUCACCUGUUCGGGCCCGGAGAUAGUCUUCAGAGAACGGGACUCAACGACAGGGUCUGUGAUUUCAAACUGCACUACCUCUGUCAGAUCGAGCUCAAUUAG